AUGACUUAUGACCAUGUCGUCCUGGCAUGCGCUGCUUCUGGAUUUCUUCUCGCGUUGAUUUUCUUCAGUUUCUUUGGUCUUGUUCUGUGGUUUGCGCCUGAAAGUGGCGGCUCUGCCGCAGCCAACCGCAUCCCUGCGCUUCUGCUUUGCUCGCUGAUCUCCAUCUCUGGUGUUUUCCUGCGGUGGAGAUUCUUGAGACGUGGCGACACCCUGUGUGCGAGCUUCGUCUCAGGCACCCUCCUCAUCGCAGGGCCGGCCGCUGUCUUCGCCCCCUUGUGGUUGGCAACCCGACUGCACUUUCGGCCAAAUGCUUGCUUGACAUUCUCAUCUCCAAGUCCGACUCGAAGCACUCCAAGCGCAAGGACACGUAGCUGCUUUGCAGCAUCGUGA